GGAAGACGUGACACGGAAGUGACGUCGAUCCGCCGCGGCGCCGUCAACGUGUUAGCAAAAGGUAUUCUGAUCCGGUUCCUUGUGGAGCACUCGGGAGCCAGCGUGGUGUGAAGUCAUGUGGCCUGUAAUCUGGACAGCGAUGCGGACCUAUGCCCCAUACGUGACUUUCCCCGUGGCCUUUGUGGUGGGAGCAGUGGGUUACCACCUGGAGUGGUUUAUCACAGGGACCCCAAAACCCCGAGAGGAGGAGAAGGGCAUCCUGGAACUGAGGGAGGAAAGGAAGCUGCAGGAACAGGCGGGAAUGGACAGCACGCAGGUACUGAGUUUAAAGGAGAAACUGGAGUUCACACCCAGAGCGGCUCUGAACAGGAACCGGCCUGAAAAGAGCUAACCCGUCCUGCCAGAAAGAACUGGAAUCUGCCCGUUGUUUGCUUUGAGAUUGGUAUCAGAAGCAGUGAACUCGUGGGUUAAACACAAACUUUCAUCCUCACUCGAGCCAUUUCCAGCAUCGGCAUGCCUCCACUUUGGAAUUCAACAAAUAUUCUUCAUCGUCAAGUGUAACUUAUAUGUGAAUAUGAUGCUGUGACCCUACUUUUUUUUCUGUCCUUCAUUUUUGGAUCACAUCAUAUAUGGGACCUACGGUGUCACCCUGUCAGCGCCAAAGUAUUGAAAAGACAACGACAUUUGAUUUGCUUUUUCUUCGUUUUUUUUUCCCGUCCCCAGUCUCUAGACAACACAUUGCCCGUCGUAUGUCUGUCUCAUUGUGGGAUGACACUGUUGCUAUUAAAUCACACAAAUGUCACAUCUUUCUCAUUUCCUUAUAAGAAAGGAUUUCCGUGUUUCAAGCCUGUCAAAAAGAGUUUUUCCCUUUAAUCUUUUCUGUACGUUAGGACACGAUUGGAAACAUAAAAGCCGAGGAAGAACGACAGGCCUUUGUUGGAGUUCUUUUUAUCUCGCAUAACCUUUCAUGGUAUGCGACAAAAUAAGCCAGUCGUGUGGGAGGUCUCUCAGGAAGUUUAAGCUGCUUAGUUCUAUUGUCUGAAACAUCUACACACUACUUUCAUUUUACAGUCUGCAUGGUUUUUGCAUAUUAGAAGUUUUAAUUAUGUGUGAUCCUACUGAAAUGUAAGGAAUAAACGAACUGUAUACACUGAAAGUG